GCUGGACUCUCCUCCCGUCGCCAUGGCUGCGCCACGCCCUGCUGAGGAAGAGGACGCUCACGUGACCGCCGACACUCUCUUUUUUCUUCAGUCCAGAGCUAAUCUGCUAGCGAGCAGUGAGAGGAUCGGAGCGUCUUGUGGCAGCCAGAGUGCGGGGGACAGAUAAGGCAGCUCGCCAGCCCGCCAGCCUCACUUCUUUCUCUCCAACGACUCCAGGGAGGCUUUAAAAACAACAACAACAAAAACAUACUGAGACUCCAGUGCAAAAAAAGGAAUCCCGGGCAGAAGCAGCAUCAGGACUUCAAAAGUGACACCUUUUUUUUUUUUUUUUCCCCACCCUUUUUUUUUUUUUUAACUUGAUUUUUCUUUAUUUUUUUUUACGCUUCCCCGGGGGGACUGACUCCCAUCCGUAGCCAAGGAAGGGCGACGCUGACGUUAAGGACCGAAUACCACCGCCGUUUCAACAUGUUCGAAAUAAGCCGAACGCUCAACGCCGCCUUGUUGAGCAACGAGCAUCUCAAGAUGAUGGCGAGGUACGGGCAGCUCUCGGGACUAGCAGCCAGUGGCGUGGGCUCCGUCCCCGAGUCGCACUCGCCGCUAUUUCCCAGGGAUCUCCCGUCAUCGCCCGCCCAGACGGGCUACAGGUCAUCCCUGGGGUCGACAGAGACACAGUGGCGUCAGGCAGAGCUCCCACAGCUGCAGGGCUGGGCGGAGAAAGGACUGCUGACUCAGCCAAAGAUGAUCAUCAGUAACAUGGAGGCCCCGGUGACAAACGGCCCCAGCGGAGGAGGGACCACGGCCAACGGUCCCACCAGCAACAGCCGCGGCUGCCCCUCGCCCAUGCAGACGGGGCCCUCCAACGACGACAGCAAGACCAACCUCAUUGUCAACUACCUGCCCCAGAACAUGACCCAGGAGGAGUUCCGCAGCCUGUUCGGAAGCAUCGGCGAGAUCGAGUCCUGCAAACUGGUGCGCGACAAGAUCACAGGUCAGAGUCUGGGCUACGGCUUUGUCAACUACAUCGAUCCAAAGGAUGCAGAGAAAGCCAUCAACACGUUGAAUGGACUCCGACUUCAAACCAAAACUAUCAAGGUCUCGUACGCGCGCCCCAGCUCGGCCUCCAUCCGUGACGCCAACCUGUACGUGAGCGGCCUGCCUAAGACCAUGACCCAGAAGGAGCUGGAGCAGCUCUUCUCGCAGUACGGACGCAUCAUCACCUCCCGCAUCCUGGUGGACCAGGUCACAGGCGGCUCCCGAGGUGUGGGUUUCAUCCGCUUUGAUAAGAGGAUAGAAGCUGAGGAGGCCAUCAAGGGUCUGAACGGACAGAAGCCAUCAGGUGCAGCUGAGCCCAUCACGGUCAAGUUUGCCAACAAUCCCAGCCAGAAGACCAGCCAGGCCCUCCUGUCGCAACUCUACCAGUCCCCCAACCGCCGAUACCCGGGCCCCCUGCACCACCAGGCUCAGAGGUUCAGGCUGGACAAUUUGCUUAAUAUGGCCUAUGGCGUGAAGAGGUUCUCUCCCAUCACCAUCGACAGCAUGACCAGCCUGGUGGGCAUGAACAUCCCGGGCCACACGGGCACCGGCUGGUGCAUCUUCGUCUACAACCUGUCCCCGGACUCGGACGAGAGCGUGCUGUGGCAGCUCUUCGGCCCCUUCGGCGCCGUCAACAACGUCAAGGUGAUCCGCGACUUCAACACCAACAAGUGCAAAGGCUUCGGCUUCGUCACCAUGACCAACUACGACGAGGCCGCCAUGGCCAUCGCCAGCCUCAACGGCUACCGGCUGGGCGACCGCGUCCUGCAAGUCUCCUUCAAGACCAACAAGACGCACAAGUCCUGAACUCCAGGCGGGAGCAGCGUUCGGUCCCAAAUGGCCCGACCCCCCCCAUCCCCCCCCACCUCCCUGGCUCCCUUAACCCCCCCCCCCACCCCCCUCAGCCCACCCAGCCCCGUCCAGUCAGCAGCACCGCGACCAACCUCCGGGUUGAACUCCAAAUGGCUUAUAUCGUAACUUUGGACCUAUAAGCCAACGUUGCCUAAGUAUUACAAACAAAUGUAUAUGUUGAUUUAUUGGGGGGAACUUCCUUUGUCCUGGAUUCCUUCUGUUGGUUGGUUGAUCAAAUGAUUUUUUUCUGGUGAAACGGUAGCAAACCCACCCUUACCGCCCCUCUUUUGAGUGAAGGGAAUGUCCUCUUUAGACCAGGAGUUUUUUCUCGUCUGUAUCCGGAUCCACUGUCCUUAGAACCCAGGACCGGCCCCUGCCAAACCCCCCACCCCCCCACCUCAGUAAAGGGGCGGGGACUCUUUUUUAAAAAGAGAACGCUGAACCUUCCAUUCAUUUGUAGCUGUAUUUAGAACCACAAGAAAACAAACAAACGUCCCCCGUUUGUCGAUUGAAGUUGUGGGAUUUCCCGUCUGAAACACGAUUUCUAGCGUUGUUUUUGUUUUGUAUCGCAAACAAAACAUGACGUCGUUCCUCACAGGGGGGGCGGGGUGCGGGGUGGGGGGGUUUAGCUUUUCCUGAUGAGUAAUUUAGCAAAAAAAAAAAAUAAUUUUUAAAAAACCCAUUGUUGCCAAAGAGAGGGAUCUCUUUGGUGUGUGUGUGUUGGGGGGGGGGGGGCUAUGGGACUGGGAGGGCGUGCUUGGGGGUGAAAAGAUUUAAAAAAACAAAUAGAAAGAGGAAUCUAUUUUUAUAAGCGAUGAUUAAAAAAAAGAAUAAUUAUCGAGAACAAUUUUUACGAGAAUCUGGAUUUGAAAAAAGAGAAAAAUAUUUUGACUGGCUAACUGGGAUGGGGCGGGGCUUACGGGGAGGGGGAGGGGGGAGGGGGGGGUCACCACCUUGUCUUGUCGUUCUGCCAUUUCUAGGCUCGGAGAAAAAAAAUUAAAAUUAUAAUCGCUUUUUUUCCCGGGGGGGCGGGGAGGGAGGGUCGGCGACAGCCGUUUUGUAGACCUUAAAAAAAAUAAAAAUAAAAAAGGUUUUUUGCGAAGAAAAAAAACAACAACAACAAAAAAAGAACGGAAGCCCAGGCGAGGGAUUUUUAUUUUUGGUCAUUUUUAUCACACGGUUGCGUAAUUAUUCCACACCCGCUAGGGAGGGGGAGGCUAACCGUCGUUAGCGUCCGGUUUCUUCGGGGGGAGGGGGGCGAACGCAUCACACAUGCGUGUAACCAUUUAGACGCCAUCCCUUUUUGUUUUUGUUGUUUUUGUUUUGUUUUCUUGGGUUCCUCUUUGCUCGGCGUUUCUGUGUGCUGACUUCCUCUUUUAGCGGCGGACCGAAACAUCCCACUUGUCCCGUGUGCUGGUUCCAAGAACUCAUUCAUUUAGGCCCGGGGGAGAACAUUUUCAACAAAAAAACGCAAAUUGCGGUUUUUGCGGGUGUUUCGGAAAAAAUGACCGGAAAAAAAAAUCAAAAAUCGGAAAAAAAUGUGUUUGGCUUCGUUUGUCCGGCUUGCUGGCUUUUUAAGUUCCUCGCUGAGCGUGACGCCUUUGUCCGAACUUUCCUGACGAUUAGCGCUAGUUCCUUUAGUCUAGAAAGGUUUGUUUCCUGGAGAAAAAAGGGGGGGCUCGUAUGACUCCUCCGCCUUUAUUUGCUCUGUACAAAUAGAUGAUCUAUCUAUAUAUAUAUAUAUAUAUACAUCUAUAUAUACAUAGUCUACAUUUGUUUUACGAUAUCUAGCGUACUUAUCUGAGUUGUCGCUGUUCUUUAGUUGGAGCUUGUCUUUUUCGACUUAUUAUCAAGUGGUGGUUCAGUUUUUUCGAGAGAAGAAGAAAAAAAAAAGACUUGCGAGGAAACUGUUCAAUUGUCGUCAUGUUGCUUGUGGAGAAAACAAAAAAAACGAGAAAAAAAACACACACACAAAAACACACAAAAAAACGAAGUUUGGAUGAACUUUUCGUUACGGCGACAAAAGAAACCGAACAAAAAACUUUGAGUAUAAAAGCGUAUAUUUGAAUUCCUCUAAUUUAUUCUUUUGUCUAUUUAUUUCUAUUUAUGAGCUAUUUAUUAUGAAGGGGGAGGGGGGGGGGGUUGAUUUGUCCGUGUAUUUCUGUCUUGAUUUGUUUCAUUGUCUGUGUAUUGCCGUGACUCUGGUGACCAGGAGGGGGCGCUUGGGAGCAAAAAAAAAGGGAACAAAGCAGAACGGAGAGGACUUUUUUUUGUGUGUGCUUUGUACCAAUAUAUUCCAAAUGAUCAUAUAUUCCAAAAAAGUCAGGAAAACUGGAAAAAAAAACUUAAAAAAUGAAAUAAAAUGUUGAAAAAGUGUGUGGAGGGUCCGGGCGGGGCGGGAGGGGGCGCUCUUCCCGAAUUACUAGAAACAGUUACUCGCUAUGCAUAACCUAGUUAUUAAUAGUUCUAUUUGCUAUUGCUUUCUUCUUGUCUUGUUCCAAAUGAAAUGCUUUUUUCCAAUGACGUUUAGUCUUACUAGAAUGUUCUAAACAGUGGUUCCGGUUCAAUAUAACCCGUGAUAAGUUAGUGGAGUUCUCUGAAGCCACUCCCUCCGCUUCCUACCGCUUUCUCAUCCAAACUUUAUGCAAAAAUCUGCGUCUUUAACUCCUUUUUUCCUCAUUUCUCUAUCCGGGGCCUUUUUCUGUAAGACUGAGGCUCGUUCCAAAAUAGAAAAAAAAAAAACGAAAAAAAAAACUGUUAUUUAUGACGGUUGUACUCUGGAGGCUUGAAAAGGGGCGUUGGACCGAUUCUAUAUUUUAUAUACUCUAAUAUGAUAUAUAUGAUAUAUUUUCAAAGGUAAAAGGUUGGCUUCCAGAGAUAGAAAUAUAGACCAUUGGGAUUUUGUUCAGAAGGAGGUUUGUGUGUGUGUGUGUGUGUGUGUGUGUGUGUGUGUGUGUGUGUGUGUGUGUGUGUGUGUGUGUGUAUGUGUGUGUGUAUGUGCGUGUGUGUGUGUGUGUGUUGG